AGGUCUUCCAGAGCCUACGUGCAGGCAGACAUGAGCAGCCCCUGGUGAAGACAGAGGAAGUGUCCUGAUCCAUUCAAAACACACAUAGAGGGACUGCUGUCGGAGCCGGUGGAGGUCAUGAUGUUCCUCGCAAGCCUGUGCCUGGCCUUUCUCCUGCCCGCUGUGGUGGAGGCUCAGUAUGAGAAGUACAGCUUCAGAAGUUUCCCCGAGAAGGACAUCAUGCCGCUGGAGUCCGCGUACAGCUACGCGCUGGAGCAGUACGGGACGCAGAACUGGGACGAGAGCGUCAAGUUCCUGGAGCUGAGCCUGCGACUCCACCGGCUGCUCCGGGACAGCGAGGCUUUCUGCGGCCGCAGCUGCAGCUCCGUCAGCCGGGACAACGACACCCUGUUCGCGGACAGCAGCCUCCGUGUCGUGCGCCACAUCCUGCUGAGGGCUGCGUGCCUCAAAAAGUGCAAGGCGGACUUCCCAGUGUUUAAGCUCACGUACCCGCGGAGGGAUCUGCUGGAAACUUUCGAGAAACGAAUACCCUAUCGGUACAUUCAGUAUGCUUACUACCAGCUUAACAACCUGGAGAAGGCGGUGUCAGCGGCUCACACCUUCCUGAAGAAGAACCCUGACGACCCGUCGCUGACCAAGAACAUGAACUACUACAAGACGAUGUUUGACGUGGAGGAGUACCUCAUCGACCACGAGGAGCAGCCGUAUGAGAGCGUUUUCCUCAAGAGUGUGAUGCUCUACAACAGCGGAGACUUCAGCAGCAGUGCCCGGAACAUGGAGCAGGCCAUCACGCAGUACUUCGAAGCAUACAGCCUCUGCUUAGCAGGCUGUGAGGGCUCAUAUGAGAUCUUAGAGUUUAAAGACUUCUAUCCCACCCUGGCUGAUCUCUACACCGAUGUGCUGAAGUGCAGAGUGAAAUGUGAGGAGUUCCUGACCCCCAGCGUCGGAGGCUUCUUUGUGGAGAAGUUUGUGGCCACCAUGUAUCACUACCUCCAGUUUUCAUAUUAUAAAUUGAAUGACGUGAAAAACGCGGCUCCGUGUGCAGCCAGUUACCUGCUGUUUGACCCCAAAGACCAGGUGAUGCUGCAAAACGUGGCCUAUUAUCGUUUCUACAGGUCACAGUGGGGCCUCCAGGAACCAGACUUCCAGCCUCGGCCCGAGGCCCAGACGUAUUUUAACCAGACAACCAAACAGAAGGAGAUGCUGGAGUUUGCACUGAACUACCUACAAAUAGACGACGAGGACGUGGUGAGUCCAGAAGAAACGGCCACAUCCGACUCGGAGCAUCCCGACGCCGAAUUUGAAGGCAUGGGAGACUACGAGGAGUCCUUCCUGGCCGAAUGGUGGCAGGAGCCCAAAACUAAGUGGGACACCGGAGAGGUUGCAGACUGAGCAUCUCCCGCGCUCCCUCCUCAUCCAACUCCGUCCCACCUCUCAUGACAACGAACCAAAGAACGUUGAGCCCUCCGCGAACAAGACAUUCCCAUUAGUAUUGAAGAGAAAAAGCACAACUCAUACACGUCUGCUCUUUCAGCUGAGGAAUAAAAGGACAAACGUACCCGCCAUGUUGAUCGAGAUCAGAGACAUAUGGUGUCUUGACCGACAUCAGCCUUUAGAAACCUCAUAAUUAGUCAUUAGUCUGACCUGCUAAUGCCUUUUCUACAGUUUUUAUUUAAUGAAAGCAGAAUCCUCUGUCAUCGGGAAUAAGGAAGGUGGCAUGUAGCUUUUCUCGUGCUAAACAAUGUGUUGCUCACAAUUAAAGUAAUAUUUUAAUAUA